AUGAAAUGGACUUACAGCUGGACCCUUGACGCCGGAACUGAGGCCUCAGUUGUGCCUGAGUACCGCCAUUCAUCUGCGGCUGCGGUUGUUGCUGCACUUUGGACUGUGCUGCUGAUGCGACGGCCGCCGAAGACAUCGUCCGGAGACCAGGCGAUUGAGGGAAAACUUGCUUGUUUAGCUGUGGAGGAUCGACUUCCUGAGUUUCGAUCCUUCAGCAGCAGACACACACCACAAUGCUUCGCAAUCGAUCAGUCAUACGAGUUACUUGAUUGA